AUGGCACCCCACGCUAGCUCGGAAGCUGCCAAUGGCACCGUGAACGGGUCGGUUCGCCAAUCUGCCCCGCUGUUUACCGUCCAGUCGCCCAAUGUGGUGUACACCCCCGACGAGAUCAAGAGUCAGUACGCCUACCAGACUACGGAGGUGACUCGCACCGCGGACAACAAGCUGGUUGCUACCCCCAAGUCCACCAACUACCACUUCAAGGUCGACCGCAAGGUUGGCAAAGUCGGUAUGAUGCUGGUCGGCUGGGGUGGUAACAAUGGCUCCACCGUGACUGCAGGUAUCCUCGCCAACCGUCGUGGUCUCUCUUGGGAGACCCGCGAGGGCAAGCAGGCCGCCAACUACUACGGCUCGGUCGUCAUGAGCUCCACUGUCAAGCUGGGCACGGACGCUAAGACCGCGGAGGAGAUCAACGUCCCCUUCCACGAUCUGCUGCCCAUGGUCCACCCCAACGACCUGGCCAUUGGCGGCUGGGACAUCAGCAGCCUGAACCUGGCCGAGUCCAUGGAUCGGGCCCAGGUGCUGGAGCCCAGCCUCAAGGGCUUGGUUCGCAAGGAGAUGGCCGAGAUGAAGCCGCUGCCCAGUAUCUACUACCCCGACUUCAUUGCUGCCAACCAGGAGGACCGUGCCGACAAUGUCGUCGAGGGCACCAAGGCCUGCUGGGCUCACGUGGAGCACAUCCAGAAGGACAUUCGCGAGUUCAAGGAGAAGAACGGCCUGGACAAGGUGAUUGUCAUGUGGACCGCCAACACUGAGCGGUACGCCGACAUCAUCCCGGGCGUCAACGACACCGCCGAUAAUUUGAUCAACUCGAUCAAGUCUGGCCAUGCUGAAGUCUCCCCGUCGACUGUGUUCGCCGUGGCCUCGAUUCUGGAGAACACUCCGUUCAUCAACGGCUCGCCCCAGAACACCUUCGUGCCCGGUGCUCUCCAGUUCGCGGAGCAGCACAAGGCUUUCAUUGGUGGUGACGACUUCAAGUCUGGCCAGACCAAGAUGAAGUCCGCGCUGGUGGACUUUCUGAUCAACGCCGGUAUCAAGCUCACCUCCAUUGCCAGCUACAACCACCUCGGCAACAACGACGGCAAGAACCUGAGUUCGCAGAAGCAGUUCCGCUCCAAGGAGAUUUCCAAGUCGAACGUCGUCGACGACAUGGUCGCGGCCAACAGCAUCCUCUACGAGAAGGAUGAGCACCCGGACCACACCGUCGUCAUCAAGUACAUGCCUGCUGUCGGGGACAACAAGCGCGCUCUGGAUGAGUACUACGCCGAGAUCUUCAUGGGCGGCCACCAGACCAUCAGUCUGUUCAACAUCUGCGAGGACUCCCUGCUCGCCUCGCCGCUCAUCAUUGAUCUGGUCGUGCUCGCCGAGAUGAUGACCCGUGUCAGCUGGAAGGCUGACGAGGGCUCUGACUACAAGGGCUUCCACAGCGUGCUGAGUGUGCUCAGCUACAUGCUCAAGCCCCCUUGA